AUGGCAAAUCCAUCGAUAUUUAAUAAUAUGAAUUGGUUUGAUGAUAUAUUUGAUAUUGUCAAUAUCGACGAUGACAAUGAUGAUGAUAAACAAGAAGUCGAACGUAUGAUUUUAGAAGAUUAUUAUGAAGACUUUGAUGAUCAUACCAAUGAUAAAGAUGAUGACGAUGAAGAUGAUGAAGAAGAACCGAUCAUUUUACAUGAAAAGAAUGAUACGAAGAAUGAAAAUGUUCAAGAAGAAGUUUUAUCACAAAAAAUAAUUGAAUUAUCAACCGGAGGUCAAAAACGUCCAGUAACUACACCAACAUCAAGUCAAGAAGAAAACUCAAGAAAAAAACGAAUUUUUUUAUCGAAAGUGGUCGAUAUUAAACAAACAUCAAAUCAAAUAACAUCCUAUUUAGAAACCAUGGAUGAAAUGUUUCAUCAUACUAUGGGCAAUUCAAUGAUACCAUGGAGUGAUUUACAAGCUAUUAUCGAAUAUAAACAUCAAAUUGGAGUGAUUCAACUUGAUUUAAAACGUUGGACACGAUAUUUUGAAGCAGGUAUUCAACAACAAAUAUGGUCAACAGAAGUAAAACAAUUAUGUACAAUGAAAAAUAUUGAUGAAAAACAAUAUGAAAUCUAUGUUCAACAAUAU